CAAAGGAGCUGCACCGUCAUCACAGAUGGCUCAAGGGGAGCGGACAGAGGCAAGAGUGCAUCCCGUGUGCGCGUGGACGUUGGAAUCAGGGGGCGGAAGAAGGGAUUUUCGGGAAAAGAGAAAAAGAUUGAGAAGGGACGGACGGAAAAUGGCGUGGCUGGCCAAGUCUCUGGCGAAUUCCUUCAACUCCGAUGAGAAGGACGAUGGCGACAGCGGUGAUACGAACGGCAGAGGCGUCAAGGAGGACCUGUCCGAGCUCACUAAAUCCUUUACCCGUCAGCUCUGGGGCGUCGCCUCCUUCCUCGCUCCUCCCCCGCCAGAUCAUCCGUCUUCCUCCUCCUCUCCUCCUGCUGCUGCGGCGGCUGCUGGUGGUGGGAGUUCCGCUCCAUCCGACCCGGCUUCCGGUUCUUUUGUCAAGGAAUCUGCUGACAAUGCUGAGAUCCCCGGCGAAUCUCCGCGGAUGUCCGGGAUCCGCAGUGAUCUUUCAGAGAUCGGCGGGAGGUUCAGGACGGAGAUCUCCAGACUGGCUUCCGGCAAUAAGGCCGUCAGUGAGAUCUCGAGAUUUGCUUCGAGUUUCUUGCCGUUUGGUUCAGGGGAUGAGGAGGGUUACUCGGAGGGAAUUAGGGAUGAGGCUAUCGCUGGGGCCGUCGGUGUCACGGAGGAGGUGCUGACCUUCGCUAGGAACAUAUCGAUGCACCCAGAGACAUGGCUGGAUUUCCCUUUGUUUACGGAUGAUGAAGAUGAUGAUGAUUUUGAGAUGUCUGAUGCCCAGCAGGAUCAUGCUUUGGCUGUUGAACGUCUGGCUCCAAGAUUAGCAGCUUUGAGAAUUGAACUUUGCCCUGGCCAUAUGAGUGAAGGAUGCUUCUGGAAGAUAUAUUUUGUCCUUCUGCAUUCACGACUUAGUAAGCAUGAUGCUGAGCUACUGUCAACACCUCAAAUUGUACAGGCUAGAAGUAUGUUGCAAGAAUUGCAGAACCAUGCAAAAACUACAACUGGCAGAACCGAAAGUUCAACCUAUGCUGAGGAAACUGGUUCUAGGUUGCUACCUCAGGAAGGGACUUCAGUCUCUGAUAUUGAAUCUUCAUAUAGGGGUGCAGCCUUGGAGCCAUCUAAAAGUAUAAAUGUCGAAAUUGAAAGUGAAAAACUGUCAACAAAUAAUGACUCAAGGUUUGUGGACAAAUCGGUCAUAGAUGAAAAGUCCUUCAUACAAAAUGAGGAUAUACUGACACGAAUCGUGCAAGUCUCAAGCGAUGCUUUUGAGGAAGAUGGUGAUGAUUGGUUGGAAGAAAGUGCAGAAAUUAGUGGCUCUGGUCAUGUAACCACUGCAUUGGUGGAUGAGGAUGUAUCGUUUAGUGACCUGGAGGAGGAUGAUGACAACUGUGUACCGACAAGAUCCAAUGCCAAAGAUGCUUCUGCAUCAUCUGCAGAUGGAUCUAGAGGACGGGUCCAACUCAAUGAUGUUGCAGUGGAGGAUCAUCGCUCUACAGCCAGCAGUUACAUGCUAGACAAUAAAAAUCUUUCAGCAAAGGACACAAAGGAUGGUGAUCCAGGGAAGCCUACGGAGGGUGGAGAGUCUAAUGACUGGCUCAGUCUUGAUGAGAUUGAUGUUGCUUGAAUCUAAUGAACCACCUCUGUCUCAAAUUCCCAAUUAUUUGAAUUUGAAUCUUCUCAAUGCUAAAGGUGGUGCAUCUCGAUGUGGCACAUGUUCCUUUGGCUGUAGAUAUUUGUCUGCAAAAUCGUGGAGCCUUGGUUGCUGUAUUCUCAAUUCUGACAUUAUGUUGGACGAUUGAUAUGUGAUUGAGUCGAUGUCUUCUGUUAUAUGUACCUUACCAGCUCAGUAUGUACAUUCAUGUGCAUGUCUAUUUCGUGAUUGUACACCCAUCUAAUCGUCUUUGUAUCCUGAGAAUGCUUCAAAGGUGAUCUCAUAUAUGGUAAGGUAGGGAUAUUCUUAUGUAAAAUCGCACGUUAGAUAAAUAUUGGUUCCUUCAGAAGCUUCUUAGACCUUGAUUCUAGGAAUCUACAAGAUAGACUCUUUGCAAGGUCUGAAUGAAUGUAUUUUGCUGUUCUAUGUUCCUGUUCUCAACAGUAUUUAUUGUGCGAAAAAAAUGUUGAACCUCUUAAUGAA